CAUUUCCCAUCGCAAUAUCCAGUAUUACAUCUUCCUUCUUAUUCCAUUUUCUCUAAGCCACUUCCAGCUUAAAAAUUCACAGCCAUGGUUGCCAUCACUUACGAUAUUGAGAUUCCUUCCUCAAUCCCAGCCGCCAAGAUGUUUAAGGCUGUUGUUCUUGAUGCAGACACUGUUAUUCCUAAAAUCAUGCCUCAGGCUAUUAAAAACGUCGAAAUCUUGGAAGGAAAUGGCGGAGUGGGAACCGUCAAGAUCAUCCAUUUUGGGGAGGGCAGCCAGUAUAAGAGCGCAAAGCACCGUGUUGAUGCUAUUGACACGGAGAAUUUGACCCACAGCUACACCAUUGUUGAGGGUGAUGCUCUGACGGGCGUUCUUGAAUCCAUCACAUAUCAUGUCAAGAUUGUGCCGACAGAAGAUGGAGGAUGCAUCUGCAAGAACAGGAGCAUUUAUCACACCAAGGGCGACGUUGAGAUCAAUGAAGAGAAAAUCAAGGAAGGAAAGGAGAAGGCAAUGCAGAUGUUCAAGGCCAUUGAGGCUUACCUCCAUGCCAAUCCAGAUGCCUGAAAACCAUCACUGCGACAUGUUUUCGUUUGAUGAAUACUGUUACUUGUUUGAUUUUUAGUUGUUCUUCUAAGCAUGCAUUUGAACAUUCUGGUUAUCAUGAAUAAGUUGUAUUUUGCUCUAAACUCCGCUUCUCUCUAUAUGUUUCUAUAAAGGUUUGAGAAUUUUGUCAAAGUAUU